CUCUCUGCUUAUGGGAUUAGAAAAUAUAUAGCGUUAGCCUCAAAGAGGAAGUAUGCCCUCGAGUUUAGAUAAAAUCAUUGUAACUUAGCUUGAUGGUGGCGGUGGCAACAAUCAUUUCGUCAUUUCUGAAAAAUAGGAGUCAGAACGGAAGCAAAUUGAAAAGACAAUGGCAUCUUGUGACUGGAUUUUUUCUUAAAAGGGGAAGACAGCAUGGGAAGAAGUCACUCCAAACCUGACAAACUCCACUCCACGGCAGCCCCAACCACGACCUCCGCGCCUUGCCUCUCUGCCUACCCCAACAAAGAACUUCAUUUGGUCUUAGCCUUUUUUGCUGGGGUUCUACUGACAUUGCUGCUGAUGGCCCUAGUCUUCCUCAUCAUAAAGAUCUACAGAAAACGUUGCUCCAGUCCCCGGGCUCUGGAUCCUCACUCAGAUCCUCCAGCCAAGCUUCCGUCUGUCCCAGAGGAGACACUCACCUAUGCCAGCAUGACUUUAAAACACUCGCAAGGAAAGAGAGAUCGCUUGACUGCAAACCGUUCUGCACACUCAGACCCCAUUGUCUACGCUCAAAUUAAAGUGACAAAUACAUCCUGCCUUUCCAAUGAGGCUUGAAUUCAGUUCCUCUCACCUCGGCUCCAUCUUCAUACAUCGCUUUCCCUUUUUACAAAUUUUGGGCCACAAUCUGGGAGAAACUGCUGAUGGAGUUGUUUGGGUGUGAUCUGGCAGUGUUAGCCAGCAGUUUUGAAGACAGAGGGUCAGUCUUUUUCCUGGCUAGAGAAAAGACUGCUGGCCCUCCCACUUGGACUGACAGCCUCUUAGCCCCAUGAGGGCUAAGACUGCCCCCCUUGUCCCCUUCCAAAGUGUGUGGUACAGAGCUCAGGGCACAAAGAGUGCUCACUCAGUGUCAUUGAUCAACUUGAGAGGAGUCAACCAAAUGAACACUCUAGCAAGAAUUACAAAUAAAAGCAAACCUUCUGCAAUGUUGGCUCCUUCUUCAUCAUUUAUUUGUCCGUGUUACCUCCAGAGGUCAGGGCCAAAAGUCCAGAGCUCAUCUACAGCCAGAAAAGACUCACAGAGGUGAUGGUACACUCAAGUUCAGGAUUGAUUGGGGCACAGGUCUCAACCUCUGCCUCUAACUAGCUACGUUCAUUUGGGCAAGUUUGUUAAACUAUUAAAGCUUUAAUUCCUUCAUCUUGAAAA